AUGAAACACACUUUAAAGCAUGAAAAUAAUUAGAGUAAUCCAUUUAUGAAUCAUUAUGAUUUAUAAUCAAUUGAAAAUAAUAAAGAAAAUAGAUAAGCAAAUAAAAUAUUAUCAAAUAUAGAAAGUAAGAUUUCUUUAAUAAGCAAAUUGAAAACUAAUGCAUUUGAUAAUUAUAAAAAAAUGAGUUAAGACACUAAACAAGAAAAAGAAAAUAAUAAGAUUUCUAUUAACACUAAAAUAUAAUUUAAUUCUUAAACAAUAUUAAAAUAACCAUUUUGCAAAAUUACUAAUAUUUUAGCACAUUAUACAGAAGAUAAAUAAGAAUAAUAAUAACCUAAAAAAACUAUAAAAAACAAUCUAGAUUUGAAUUAGUUAUGCAAUCAAGAAAUUUAGAUUGGAAAUUUUAAAUUAGAAUCAAUUUUGGGAUAAGGUUCUUAUGCAACUGUAAGAUUAUGUAUUGAGAAAAAUAGUAAAAUUAAAUAUGCUAUAAAAAUAUAUGAUAAAAGUAAAAUAAAUGAUAAUCAAAAAAUGAAUAAUAUUAAAAGAGAAAUCUCAAUUUUAAAAAGAAUUAAUCAUAAUAAUAUCAUUAAAUUAAUCUAUGCUAUUGAGGAUAGAAAAUCAGUAUGAAUUUAUAUAUCAUAGAUAAACUUAGUGAUGGAAUAUAUUUCCAAUUAAUCAUUAGCCAUUUAUGUUAAAUCUAAAUCCAAAAGACUACUACCAAUUGAGGAAGCAUUAUACAUUUUCCAAUAAUUGGCUAAUGCAAUUAAAUAUUUACAUAGUAAAAAUAUUGCACAUAGAGACAUUAAAAUGGAAAAUAUACUUCUUCUUUCAGAUAACUAUGUAAAAUUAAUAGAUUUUGGAUUUUCUAUAUGCAUUUAAGAUAAUUAAAAAGUAAAUGUAUUUUGUGGAACUCCAAGUUAUAUGUCUCCUGAAUUAGUUUCAAAAGUAAGAAUACUCAUAAUUUUAGGUACCUCACAAUCCAUUAUGCUCAGAUAUAUGGUCAUUAGGAAUAUUAUUAUAUAGAAUGAUUUUGGGAGAAUAUCCUUUUAAAGGAUAAAAUGAUAAAGAAUUGUAUAGAGCUAUAUAAUAGAAUAAAGUUAAGUUGCCAAAUGAUAUGAAUUAAAAUAUUGUUAAUUUAAUUAAUGGAUGUUUAGAGAAAACAAUUAAUUAAAGAUUAACGAUAGAAUAAAUUUUAAACAAUCCUUUAUUUUAAUAAACUGUGAAUAUAUAUGCAUUAUCUUGA